UCUGCUUCAUCUGUUAUUUCACAACAGUGGCCAAAACAGGUUUCAACCCGUUUGUCAUCCAUAACAAGACCUUGUUUUUAUUUAAACACAAAGAAUAUUUGAAUAAGUCGACAUAACAUUCGUGAAUGUCUAAAUUAUUUAUCAAUAAUUAUCGAGGAUCAAACAAUGCCCAUCGCAGAGAAGCGUCAAAAAUUAACAAGUGAAUCUACUGUUUCUGAUAUUUCCCAGUCUCUUGUAUCAUUGGCAGACAGUGUCAAGUCAAUUGGUGAAACACACAAAACAUUUUUGUUAAUUAACAAAUUUGUUGUUUCAUAUCUUCAAGGAAUAAAAAAAGAUACUCAACAGCUCAACUUGGAUCCAACCCUUGAACAAUAAAACACCAGUUAAAAAUGCCAGAUAAAAAAUUAGACGCAAUUAAUUUUGCUAAUGAUUUUUUUACUCUGAUCAAUUGCUCAACAACAGAGUUGAAAAAUUAUUUGGCUAAAGAUGUGGUACUUGAUUGGUUUGGUGAAACAAUCAGUGGUCGUUGUAAUGUUGCUGAAUUUAUUAUGUAUCAAGUAAAAAAUUCACGACAUAUUUUUAAAGAAAUAUUACCAACUGAUACAAUUGGCUAUCGAAAAAGUCCAUCACUAAGAAGAAAAUAUACAUCAGUUGGUGGUGGACUAAAUGAAAUAAAUGAUACAAUUGAUGAUUCAAAUAUUCCAUACAAACGCAAAUGUUAUUCUGAUGUAUAUUUAAAAAUGAAUGAAGACAACAAUAAUCAAUGGAAUGAUUCAGUUGAUAUUGUUGAAGAAGAAGAAACUGAUUUAGAUAAUCAAGAAAAAAUGGAAGUAACUGAAAAUUAUAUAAGCAACGAGUUAGAUUUUAAAAAAUUAGCAAUUGAUAACUUCAGUACACCACUAAGAGUUCCAAAUACAAAUACUGCUGAUGAUAAUGGGUAUGUUUUGCAUGAUGUUGCUUUAAAUUCAAAAAUUGCUUCACAAUUAAAACAAACAAAUAUCAAUGAUAUUGAAAAAUUUAUUGAUAAAUUAACAAUCAAAAAUAAUACAUUGAAUGAUAAUAAUGUUAUUUCAAUUGCAAAUAAUAAUAAUCAACCAAUUAAAUAUAUUGAGGCAUAUGGUGCAAUUGAAAUUUCAAGAUAUUAUCAUACUGAACAAGUGAGAAAAGAUAUUCGUAGACGUCAUUGUAAAUUACAAAUUGCAUAUUCGGUUGGUGAAAAUAAUGAUAAUGAUGCGAAAUAUGAUCGAUACGAGAAAGACAAUGUUAAAGUCGUUGCUAAUUCGGAUAUUGACUUUAACUACAUCAUUCACUUGUUGAUAUACAGCCCAAAUACCAAGUGCCGAUUAAAUCUUUCAAAUGAAUUUGAAGGAAAAGAAUUUCUCGAGUAAUUAAUAUUCAUAAAAAAAUAUUUUCUUUAUCUAGUUUCAAACAGCCCAAUUCAUUGUAGAAUUUUUUUUGCUGUGAUAAACUAGUCAUUACUCGUCGUUAUCAUGUAAUUAUUACUCUUAUUACCAACUCGUUAAAUAAUAAUAAUUUUUUCUUUUUGUUUCUCUAAUAAAUACGAGUUUAGUGUCACUUGAAAAUAAAGUGAAUAUAUAUUUUUUUAUGAUUUAAAAGUGAAG